AUGCCCACCAUGAAUCCGGCCAUGAAUCCUGGAACCAUCAUCGACGCAGUCCACAGUGAUAUCGUCCCCAUCACUGACAUCUACUGGCCAUCCUUCAAAAAGGCAGUCGAGAAUGAUCCUCAGCAACUUCGCCCCAUCGACCUGACCUGCACUAUCUGCACAGAGCAGAUGUCAACCCAAGGAUCCGGAAGUGGUUCCAUCCAUUGGAUCCCGAAACAAGGUCGCCAAAUCUCUCAUGAUGCACAGAUCCUCCCCUGUGGCCAUAUGGUUGGCGGCUGCUGCUUCAUGAACUGGCUUAAGAGUCAGUUUGAACGAUUUCAGGGCAGAGAGUUCUACUCUUGUCCUGUCUGCAACACGGAGAUCGUGAAUCAUCCUGAGUGCGGGCAUCUAUGCCAUGGCCAGCGAAUCCCACACUUGAUCGCCAACUAUUCCAAAGUCCCUCUUGUUCUGAGCGAGGGUGGUUUCAUCCACGCUCGAUGUGCAGGAUGUGAGAUCCAGCGUACCUUUUCUGAGAUGACCCAGUACACCAGUGUCUACAAGUGGGAAGAUGAAGUCGAGUCUACCAACCAAUACAUCACCCUUGGCUUUUUAGACGAACGUCCUGGCGGGUUCCUGUACAUGGAUGGCUCUAAAGACCCCAAGCGACCCCUUUGUGAUCGUGUUCGAAGACUUCGAACUCCAGAGGAGUUGAAGACUAUCUGGGAAGCCUAUAGACAGGUCUGGGUGUUGAAGUUCAAGACCUUUUGGAUUUCGCACGAUUUGUCCAAUGUAACUCUGUGUCUUUACUUGAUGAAGACCGUGAAGCCACUUCCCGAGACGCCCCAGACGUCCAAGGCACAGAGCAUCUUUCGUCGGGUCUUCUCUUGGGGAUCUUCUACCUGA